AUGAUUAUUGGUGAUUACAACGCUAAAGUUGGAAUGGGAAGACGGGAAGAUCUGAUAGGAGACUUUGGGUUGGGUCUAAGCAAUGAGAGAGGUGACAGACUUUUUGAAUUCUGCCAGGAAAAUGAUAUGGUAAUUAAGAACACUUGGUUCAAAUUACCAAAAAGAAGACUCUACACCUGGAAAUCACCUGCUGAUAAAAAUCAAACACCAAUUAGAAAGCAGAUAGACUACAUACUCAUUAAUAUACGUUACAGAAACUGCGUAACACGGGUGACAACAUUCCCUGGCGCAGAUAUUGGUUCUGACCAUGUUCCACUGGUGGCAGACAUCAAACUAAAAUUAAAGUCAAUUAAACCAAAGUGCAGAAGCCAACACUAUGAUAUUACGAAAAUAGAAAUACUACAAUUUAGAAAACAAGUAAAAGAAGAAUUGAAUAAGGAAUGGAUGAUGGAAAAGAUGAAUGAUGGAAGAGAUACUGGACUUAAUGGAAAAACGAAGACUAACAAAAAAUGA